AUGUCGUGGGUCGCUGGCCAGCCGUUCGGGUCCAACUCGAGGCAUUUCAUUGUCAAUAUGGACCUCAACUCAACAGUAUGGUCUCCAUGGGCGUGGAGAGACGACCUUGAGGAUAGUGGUUUAUCGGCACGGAACGACAAAUUCCAGCCAAAGCCACUGGCAUACACGCCAAGCUUUGGCGCGCAUCUGUUCUGGUACAAAGGCCGGCCCAUUUUCUUCAGAAGAGACAAGGACAACCAGCAACCGAAUUCCCUCUCGAAUAUGAAACGCGAGGAGAUUAGUCUCUGGUGUUUUGGAUACAGUCCGGCCAUCCUGAAAGAUCUGCUUGACGAAGCCCACAAGGAGUAUCUUAGGAUGGACGAUAACAAGACCAUGAUCUACCGCGCAAACCUGCAGCCACGGUCGGAACCCACGUGGCAGCGAUGCAUGGCAAGAGAGCCAAGACAUUUUUCGACAAUUGUCACUCGACCCGGUCUAAAGGAGUCCAUCAUCGACGACAUCACGGACUAUUUGUCGCCCGAGACUCGGAUGUGGUACACAGACUGUGGCAUCCCAUGGAGGCGAGGAUACCUAUUUGCUGGUCCCCCAGGCACCGGCAAGUCGUCAUUAUCAUUUGCUCUUGCGGGCCAUUUCAAGUUGCGUAUAUACACAGUCAGCCUAAGCUCGUCAAACGCAUCUGAAGAGAACUUGGCGUCGCUGUUUACGCAGCUCCCUCAGGUCUGCAUCGUUCUCUUUGAGGACAUCGACGCCGCCGGUCUCACUUCAACUAGAGACCCUGCUGCCGAGAAGAGCGGGCGCAAGUCUUCUGGGAAAGGAAAACUGUCCUUGUCCGGACUGCUGAACUUACUGGACGGUGUUGCCAGUCAGGAAGGUCGUAUCCUGAUCAUGUCCACCAAUCACGUCGAGAAUUUAGAUAAAGCGCUUAUCAGACCCGGCCGCGUAGACAUGACUGUUCACUUCACCUCCGCAGAUACCCAGAUUACGGCAGCAAUCUUCAGAACUGUUUUCGCAUCAUUGGACAAGACAGCCAAGGAGGAACGGUUGAUUCAUGGCGAACGAAAACCUCGGGAAGCUUCGGCUAGGAUUCAGGAGCUCUCAGAGCAGUUUGCUGCCAAGAUACCUUCGGGCGAGUUCAGUCCGGCUGAGGUCCAGGGGUAUUUGAUCAAGCACAAGAGGCAGCCGGAAGUCGCUGUUUCUUGCGCCGAGGAAUGGGUGCACGCUAUGAGACUGGAGAAGGCAGCUAGCAAGACUACGGCAGUUGUUACUGAUGAGGGGGAGGAGGAAAGCAGUGCCCAGAACACGGGCGAAGGUAGUUCCGAUGAGGAAUCAGAUGCCUGA